AUGGAAUCGAUAUUUCUAUUCAGGUUCAUUUACUUGUUAGCUAUCAAUAAGCAAUUUUCCUUCUUAGAAAUGACAUCAAAACCUCGGCUACGUUUCUACCCCUUUGCCUACGCGUUGUUCACCGAAGAGCUCUGUAAUUACUGUUGGUACUGUCUAGCACCAGUGGAGACGAAAAAGAGAUGCCUUGGUUGUGGAUUCGCUUUAUUUUGUGGCAAGGAAUGUCAGACGCUAGGAUGGAAGGAUCACAAGGCGGAGUGCAAAGGAUUACGCAAGGCAGAAUCGAUUCCGGAUAUUGAAACAAGAAUGCUCGGCAGAAUAGUGUUAAGGCAUAAGGAAAUAUGCAAUGGGAAGGACAAGAAAACAGAGGGGUUCUAUAAGGACCGUACUUCCGAGAGAACAAUUCUUGAAAUUUGGGCUCAUACAGAAAAGAUUCGUAAAGAUUCGUAUGCGAUGAAUAAAUUUGAAGAGAUCUAUGAGCAUUUGACAAAAUUUUAUGAGGAGAAGUUCAUGAUGUCAAAAGAUGUUGUAUUCGAAUUACACUGCAGAGACUAUAUCAACAGGCAUGCCAUCAGCGACAAGGGCUACGUGAAGGAGAUCGGAAAAGGAUUGUACCUGGAUUUAUGUGCAUAUGAUCAUUCUUGCCGUCCAAACACGAUAUUCACUUGCGACGGUUUUGUGGCUACACUAAGAGGAUUGAAUUCGAAUGUGGACAUUAAGAAUAGAUCUACUACAUUUUAUACGUAUAUCGAUUUACUGAGCCGGAUAAUCGCGCCGAAAUCUGUAUAUUUGGUGAACAUUCAUAUAAGAAUGUUAAAUCAGGUGUCAUUACUUGCGAAAGGUGUGGAAAUGAAGUUCCGAAGAUUUCAAUUGCAGGACUACGUCAUGGAGGCUGUGAGCGCUAUGCGAUUCAUUGACAAGAUUAUUGAAGAUAGAGAAGUGGAACAGAUGCCGAAAAAAACUCGUGUGGAAUUUUUGGAAGAUUUGUUAGAGCGGUUUACGAAGAUUCUGUCUGGUAGCAAUAUCUACCUCUGCAAAUUGAUUCAGAACCUCAUUCCACUUACUGCUCCGGAUAACAAUGAAGAACUCCUUCGAUUACAUCUCCGUUCCGAGAAUUGCGUUCGCCGCUGUUUUCCGCAGAAUCAUCCUGCUGUUGCUUUUCAUUUAAGGAAUAUAGGUAUAUUUCUGAAUAAUCUAGACCGGCAUGAAGAAGCAGUAAAGUAUUUUCGUGAAGCGCAGGACAUUAUGGAGUUCUCCUUGGAUGCCGAUCAUUCGAUGACGAUAGAGAAUCGAUCUUUACUGGAACAAACACUGCAGAAUCUCGCCAAUACAAAGAAUCCGGAUAAUUCCAUUAGGGGUACGGACCAGCAUGUCAGUGUUUCCAAUGGAGGUGAGAAACCCGAGAAUGAGGUGAAAGAAGUGCACGAAAAGCCAAAAAUCGAAGAGAAAUCAACUGUAGUGGAGAAGUCGAGUCUACCUAAGGAAAAGCCCGUAGAGACAUACCGUCAACGCGUCUGGCGUCGUGGCCAUCGACGUCGUCAUCUUCACGUUCGCAGUGCCAAAGCCGUCGCAGUUGUCGUCGUAGAGCCGUCCAUGAACCAGGGCUUCGAACUGGAUGCUCAGAAGGAAAUGAUCAUGGACGAUUCAGUGGAGAACAAAAUUAUCGGACAAAUGAACUACAUACGAAUGUUCCUUGCCGACAAACUGGUAUUUCCACCAGAUACCAAAGAGUACAAGUUUGAGUUCAAAGAUCUCGAAGAAUUAGGAUCACUUGGUAAUGGAAGCUUUGGAACUGUGAAAAAAAUGCGACAUAGUUUGACCGGUACGGAAAUGGCCGUGAAGCGUGUUCGGAUAGUCAGUUCUGGUGUAGAUGACGUCGCCAGUUGCCGUUCAAUGAAACGGCUUCAACAAGAAGUAGACGCCAUUAAAUCUGCCAGUAAUUGUAAGCAGAUCGUUCAAUUCUAUGGAAUAACGUUUCACGAGGGAGAUGGUCUAGUCUGUAUGGAACUUAUGGAUAUUUCAUUAGAACGACUUUAUAUGGCUGUACACGAUUUGGGUUAUCCUGCUUUUGAUGAGAAUACGUUAGGAAGUGUUGCUAUCAAUACCAUCAUUGCUUUGAAUCACAUGAAAAGUCAAUAUCACAUUAUUCACCGCGACGUGAAACCUUCAAAUAUUCUGCUUAAUAGAAAAGGUGAAGUGAAACUGUGUGAUUUCGGUAUUUGUGGGUAUCUACAGGAUUCAGUGGCUCAAACUCAGGAUGCCGGAUGUCGACCAUACAUGGCUCCGGAGAGAUUGAUGACAUUUUCAAAAGGCUAUGAUAUCAGAUCGGAUGUUUGGUCUCUAGGCAUCUCAAUGGUGGAAGUAGCGAACUUCGCCUUCCCUUAUCCAGGAUUCACUACAGUGCCAUUGUUCGCCCAACUGGAUCUCGUUGUGCAUGGUGAUGCGCCAAUGGUGUCCAAUCCGCUUUAUUCAACUAAAACUAAAAACUUCAUACAUUACUGUCUAACGAAGGAUCAGGAGAGUCGGCCAACUUUUGCGGACCUGACGAAUACAGCUUUCUAUCAGCACUACAAUUCGAUGGAUAAUUUAAGUGAAUUGGUUGGCGCAUACGUAGCUGAAAUAUUGAGUAAAAUCGAGUCACAGUAG